AAACAAAUUUAACAGGAUGGCGUUCAAUGUUGUUUUGGGGUGUGUGAUGGCACUAAUCUUCAUCCUUUUUAAUAUAAGCUCUAUUGCCAGAUAUUACAUAAAGUUCACACUAUUCGUGAUAUUAUCGUUAAUAUUCGCCACUGCACCAUUACCACUAAUGCUGUUGAAGCCUUUCGACCCCAGAAAUGCUUUGAUACCGGCAGCCUUGUUAAGGCUUACGUCUCGGAUGUUGGGCAUUCGCUGGAUAGUGCGAGGGCUGGAGAACGUCGACAACUCGCGAGGUGUCGUCGUCUUGCUCAACCAUCAGACUAGUCUAGACCUUUAUGUGUUAGCAGUACUCUGGCCACUGAUGGACCGGUGCACAGUGGUGUCGAAGAGAUCUUUACAGUACUGUGUACCCUUCGGGACAGCAGCGUGGCUGUGGGGCACAGUGUACAUUGACCGAGGUGCCCAGUCCGCCAAGAAGGCACUCAAUAAACAAGCAGAAGCUGUCAGGGAUCAUAAGCGUAAAUUGCUCCUUUUCCCUGAGGGUACGCGGCAUUCUGGCGACAAACUGUUGCCGUUCAGGAAAGGAGCGUUCCACGUGGCGAGUAGUGCGAAUGCCCCCAUUCAACCAGUCGUAGUUUCCAAAUAUCAUUUCCUCGACUCCAAGCGACGGCGCUUUGGAUCCGGUGAGGUGAUAAUUACGAUAUUGCCGACGAUUGAGACGGAUGGUUUAUCGAAGGACGACCUACCGGUUCUCAUGGACAAAGCACAGCGCAUAAUGCAGGAGGAGUUUACCAAGACUUCGAAUGAAACCAUACCGAUACGCGUUAAAGCCGACUAAAAUCAGGUAUUGUCUUUGAUGGGUUGCAUAAAAUUCAUCUUGCCAUAUUCUAUGGCCUGUAUAAAAAAAUCAAUUGACUCACCAAGGACAUCAAUAGAGGACUGAUGAUUAGAUACAACGACCGCUCCACGAUCUUCAGCUAAGUAUUUACCAUUCCUCAAGGACCAUUUCACUUCUAUCACCUUUGUUACAUGUUUUACUAUCUGAGAGGCAAACCUAGAUGAUAAAACAAAACAUGUUUGGUUAAAAAUUUAGACCAGAUUGAUAGAUUGAGUGGGGGGUCCGAAUACACAGGGUAUCCUAGUACAGAUUCCGCUCUCUCACAAUGGUCAAACACAUUGUCAUUUCAACUUCUGUAUGUAUCUAUUAUAAGAUCAAUACCAUUGAUUGGAAAUAAAUAAAUGAUAAAAUUAUUACAAC